AUGCUUGACGGGAAGUUGGCGCGUCCGUCCAAAGUAUGGACAACUCUCAUCACCAACACCGCCUACCUCUCAGGUCUCCUCACUCUGGACUACUCGCUGAAGAAGGUCGGUUCCAAGUACCCACUGGUGGCCCUGUAUACCGAUUCAUUUCCGGUUGAGGGUCACAAGGCCCUGGAUGCCCGUGGGAUCCUCAAGCAGCAUGUCGCAUAUCUGCUACCCUCGACCCCAAGGGAAUACACAAACGACCCGCGCUUCUACGACUGCUGGUCCAAGCUCACUCCCUUCUCACUCGUGGAAUAUGACCGCGUCGUCCAGCUCGACAGCGAUAUGCUCGUCCUCAAGAACAUGGAUGAACUUAUGGAACUUGAACUCGACCCGCCUUCUGCAGCCGGCAAUGGCAAUCGAGUGUUUGCGGCCAGUCACGCCUGUGCUUGCAAUCCGCUCAAGAAGCCCCAUUACCCCUCGGACUGGAUCCCGGCCAACUGUGCUUACACGGUACAACACUCUACCCCAGACAUUGCGCAAACAACCGGCCCAGCAGCGGAUGCGGCUUUAGGUAUCCCCAACGGAGGCCUCCAAGUCGUAAAUCCAUCCAAAGAAAUCUACGACAAGAUUGUGGAUCAGCUCGACACCUCGGCAACACUCGAUUACGACUUUGCGGACCAAUCGCUUCUGGGAGAUCUCUUCCACGGGCGUUGGGUUGCACUUCCAUAUAUUUACAACGCGCUCAAGACCCUUCGGUGGGAAGGUGUGCAUGAUACCAUCUGGCGGGAUGAAAGUGUAAAAAACGUGCACUAUAUCCUGAGUCCGAAGCCAUGGGAUGAAUGGGCAGCUGGAGAGACGGGUGCGCAAAGUAAGGAUGCCUCGCAUGCUUGGUGGUUCAAGCUGAAUGGGGAGAGACUUGAAGAGGAAGAGAAGAAUGGUCUCAGGGAUCAAUUCUGA